GACCGCCGUCCGGGAGGGAUUUUUGAAGUUGCGUACCCACGACCAGCCCUCCUGGACCUGUUCUUCACCUGUCCCAUCCCACUGGAGGGCCCAGGACCUACAAGGUGGGCACCAUGUCCGGGAAGUUUGACUGCCACUACUGCCGGGAUGCGCUGCAGGGAAAGAAGUACGUGGAGAAGGAGGGCCGCCACUGCUGCAUCAAGUGCUUUGAUAAGUUCUGUGCCAAUACCUGCGUAGAGUGCCGCAAGCCCAUUGGCGCCGAUGCCAAGGAGCUGCAUUACAAAAACCGCUACUGGCAUGACACCUGUUUCCGCUGUGCCAAAUGCUACCACCCCCUGGCCAAUGAGACCUUUAUGGCCAAAGAGAACAAGAUUUUUUGCAGCAAGUGCACCACACGUGAGGACUCUCCUAGAUGCAAAGGCUGCUUCAAGCAGAUUGUUGCAGGAGACCAAAACGUUGAAUACAAGAAGAUGAUCUGGCACAAGGAUUGCUUUACCUGCAGCAACUGCAAGCAAGUCAUAGGCACUGGCAGCUUCUUCCCUAAAGGAGAGGACUUCUACUGUGCCACCUGCCACGAGACCAAAUUUGCCAAGCACUGUGUGAAGUGCAACAAGGCCAUCACUUCUGGAGGGAUCACUUACCAGGAUCAGCCUUGGCACGGAGAGUGUUUUGUCUGUGCCACCUGCAGCAAGAAGCUGGCGGGGCAGCGCUUCACGGCGGUGGAGGAUCAAUACUACUGUGUGGAUUGCUACAAGAACUUUGUUGCGCAGAAGUGCGCUGGCUGCAAGAACCCCAUUACUGGAUUUGGAAGAGGAUCCAGCGUGGUCUCCUAUGAGGGGAAAUCCUGGCAUGACUACUGCUUCCAUUGUAAAAAAUGUUCUCUCAACCUGGCUAAUAAGCGCUUUGUCUUCCAAAAUGAGAACAUCUACUGCCCUGAUUGUGCCAAAAAGCUGUAAACAAACAAGGUGAUCCGGUGCUGUAAAAUGGAGUUUGUUUUGCUACGUAACAGCAGUCGGGAAAGGAGCAGGGCGUUGUUUUUCCAUCAUCAGCCAUUGUGGCUUUACUCCCAUUUUACAGAAGAGUUCUGAAGAGAAGAGGUGCAAUGACCUGGGUUGGUUUUCAGAAUGAGAGCUUUGCAGUAAACUAACAGCUGAAAAAUGAACUACAUUUUGCUUUCAGUUAUUCAUUAACAUAAAGGCUUGAGUGCCAGAACAUUACUUUAGGUUCAUUUCUAGCUUUCCCUAAUAUAUUGACUUUCUGCAUGCUAAAGCUAUCCAACAUUAAUGCUGCAACUUAAAAAGAUGUGAGCAAGAAAUACAUGAAGUGGAAUUAUGCUACCUGAGAGAAAAAAUAUUAAUUCUCUGGAGGGAAACGCAUGCCUUAAUCACAGUAUGUACUACUAUAUACCAUGUGACUAUACACGAAGUAGUAGAGUAACAAUAGCAUUCAAUUUAGUUGUUUAUGUUUUACAAGUGAAGCUACAGAGUAAUUUUACCGCAUGAUAUGCAUGGCUUGGGUAUAAUAGUUUCUGCCUGACUUAGAAAUGACAAAUGCAAAAAACCUUUAUGAAACAUUAACAUCUGAAUAAUCUUGGUUUCUAAAUUGGCUUGCCUUUUUUUUUUUUGCUAAAAGCUUAAAUUUUCAUGAGUAAUAUUUCCACAGAAUUCUUAAGCAUAGAUCAGAAGCGAUUUUGAAAUGUAUGCGGAUUAAAAUAUCUUUGGUUAUUUCGGAUGGAUAAUAUCCAACCGCAGAUAUUGAAAGCUUACCUUCUAAAACCAUUAGCUGCUUUUUUGAUCAGACAUAUUCUAAUACAAAUAGGAAAUUAAUAUACUUUUGCAACUUAGGUGGACAGUACAAUCAUUUAGCAGAGAUAUUUUCUGCAGUUGUGAACUUUAUCCCAAUGAACUGCAGAUAAAGCACCGAGGCUUAUUUACCAAAUAUCAUUUUAAUUAAUGUUAAAAACAGCCUCAACACUAAGUAGUAUGGUACUCGUUUCUACCCGUGGCACCCCCAUUUAUUAACAUUCUUCUCUGUUUCCUGUCCAUUUUCCUUCAUAGAGAGGACAGGUCCUAUUUCAAUAAUUAUAUUGCUAAUAGUGGCUCAGAUGAAUCUGGGGUGAGAAUGAUAAAGCUUCCGCCACCCCCUUCCUUCUAAAAGGAGCAACUCCUCAGCCGCCCUUAGGCUGGAGUCUAAACCAGCUAUUUACAGUACUAUUUCUAGAUUACUGAAGCUGUUAUAUAGGUUGAGCAAGAUAACCUGCCACCACAUACUGACCUUAAAGUAUUUGCAUAGUUUAACUCGAAGCAGUUUUUCUUAAAAGUGGGGUGGUUAGAGAAGCGGUAUCAUUUAGCCGAUGUAUAUCAUCCAAUUUGAAAAUUAAAUUACAAUAAAUACUUUGUGUACU